CCAACUCCUCCUCCCUUCACUGAUGAGCGGGUCGAAUUCGAAGUCCGACGCCUGGACUAUAAAGUUGACACCGAGUCCAACAUAAGUGAAUGGGUGGAGUCCACUGACUCCAUCAAGAUCCGUGUUGUUGAGACUGCUGCUGCUGCCGGCAAGACAAAGGAAAUGUUCAUGAUUGAGAUGGAUGGCAAGCACUACGCUGGAAAGUCUUUCUUCACUCUCAACUCCGAGAGUGUGACCGAGCCCUCCCAUGAAGAAAACCUGAGAUAUCUGAAAGCUGAAGUCGCUGUUCAACAUAUGACCUCACAAACGGUUGCCAGAUUCAAUACAGCAGCAACCGAUAGUUGUGUUGCCAUCGCUCCGGUCAAGGUCGCGAUUCCAUUCAUUCUCAUGGUCACAGAAGGCCCUGAAGCUGAGCGCGCGUGGCUCUGCGACCCUCUUCUCAGCAAGACACAGACGAUCAAGUACUCGGGCAUGGACACCGCUGGACAUCAUCAAGAGAUCUAUGGAUCAACAUGUGAUGCCAUUGCCCACUUCUCGCUGGCUGACUCGUCGGAAUACAUGGUACUUGUAGACAUUCAAGGCACGACUCGAUAUCAAUGUCUUAGUCGCUGACAUUCAUUCCUGAUGGUGAACAGGGAUCAAGGAGCCGCAUCAAGUAAAUGGCACUCGUGGAUUAGACAUCCUUGUUCUCUUCGACACCAUGGCCCACACUACUUGGGAGAAUGAUGCCCUUGGAAACAAGGGUGUAGAUGGUAUCAAGUCGUUCAAACGGGGACAUAUCUGCAACCGGAUCUGCCGCAAACUUGGUCUUGAGAAGAUCAAGACUGCAGAAGAAAUCAGCAAUGGUUCAAAGGAUAGGGA